AUGACUGGUCUGAGCUCAUGGUGGGCAUCGUCCACCACCUCCCGGCGCCAUGGGACGAUACUAGUCCGGGAGCUUUCGGCUGGUGCAGAUGUGGACAAGUUGGGCUUCUGCGUCCCAUCGCUACCCCCGCAGCCGGUGGUCGUGAAACGCGUGGAGCCGCGAAGCUGGGCCGCGUCGCAGGAGCUGCGCGCAGGCGAUGUGCUCAUACAGCUGAAUGACGUGCCCACUGGCGAGAUGUCCAGCCAGCAUUUCCUUGAGUCGAUGACGACCCGGCCCUUGAAUUUCAAGUUCGUGGUUAAUCCGUUGAGAUCCUCCCGCUCGCAGAUGCGUGGCGGUGAGGAGGACAGUGAAAGCGACGACGCCGCAAAAAGCGACGCCGUCGAGGACGAGGGCGACAACGAAGAGGAGUCACCCACCCCGCGAUCUGCCGAAAAAUGCCGGCGGAGCGUUUCCGAUUGGUAUGCAGAGGAGGAAAUUAUUCCUGAUGACAACCGCAAGAAGAGCCUGACAAGUUGGUACCUCGACGGAGCUCGAAUGCCCGACACCACGAGUCAGCUGACUGCUGUCCAUCGGAUGUCGCUAUCUGGAGCUGAGCAGCCGUUGGAGAUAGGGGAAGCCGCUGAGCUGAGACAUGUGCUCCAGGCUGCUUUGUCUGAGGAGAACCUCGAUGCCCUGCUUCUUGUCAUCGCCCGGGCGCAGUCCCAAGGAAUCAUUGCCGAUGUCUUGGAGGUGGCACAGUGCAAAGCACAGCUCAUCAGAAGAUCUUCGUGGUUCGUUAGCGAUAUGGACCAAGAUGCUGUCAAAGCGCAGGCCACGACACUUUCCAUACCUAGUACAUCGCCUGUGGGACAGCAGAGAUCGCUUCGUACUGUAUCGCGACCCGAGCUGUUUCGCGGGGUCCCGUUACACGUGGCUUUGUCCAACUGGGGCCGACAUUGGAGGGCCCCUGAUCAAGGCAUGUUCAAUGUGGAUCCCAAGAACUACCAGCUCAGCCGGCCCACGAAAGCCUACGACGCAUUCCUCAGCCACGAGUGGGCUUCAUCCCGCUGGCUGAAGUUCCUAUCCCUGCUCAUGAUUUUCAACUCUGGGCCUGCCUUCACCAUCUCAUUCCUGGUGAGCGUGUUGGUGGGCACACUGCGAGCAUGUAGAGUGAUCCCAGACCAGACAUGGACAGUGUCGAUUGUCUAUGCGGUCUACUUGACUAUCUUUUUGUUCUGGCAGCGCAUACGGGCCAUCUUCUGUCGACCCCUCGUGGUUUUCUUGGACAAGCUUUGCGUGGCACAGCACGACGAGGAGUUGAAGCAGGAGGGCAUUCAGAGUCUUGGUGCCUUCCUUCUAAGCUCCCGGGAGCUGGUUGUGCUGCUUAGCCCUCAGUACCUGUCACGCCUCUGGUGCGUGUUCGAAAUCUCCACGUUUCUGCGAGAUAGGGCUUCCUUGAACAGACUCCGGAUCAUUCCUCAGAACACAACCCUGCUGCUGCUGAUGGUGGCUGGCUGCUGGCACCUGUUGGCAAGCUAUUACUUUUCUCUGAUCAGGUAUGGUGUGCUUAGCAGCUGGGGAGGCGCCGCUACCAGUGGGUUGACCAUCACAGCGGCCAUGUUGGGUUUCUGUUCUUUGCUGGUGCCGCUGUCCUUCUAUGUUGGCAUAGGGCUGAUGUCUGAGCUUCAGGAGGUACCACGGCAACUCGCGAGCUUUCGCAUCCAGGAUUCGAAGUGUUACUGUUGUAGUCACUCGCACGUGCACCCUCGCACCGGUGAGCCACUCCCAUGUGACCGCCAGCUCGUUUACGAAGCCAUCCAAGAUUGGUGGGUGGCUGAGACAGAAGACGGGUCUGAUCCGCAUUUGGAGAGGUUCAACGCAUCAGUCCGUCAGCGUGUGGCCCCCAAAAUCGCGAACGGAAUGGGAAUCGGCUUGCCAUUUCAACAUGUUGUUUGCAUGGCCGUCUUUUGCAUUGUGCCUUGGUUGGCAGACUUCAUCGCUCUUUUGGCCGAGACGAUUGACCGCCGUCCUGUCAUCUCUAUCUGGAGCCUAAGACACUUUGUCACAUGGGGCAUCGUAGGUUUGGCCCUGCUCUUCUCACUGAGGGUCAGCAUUCCACUCUGGAUUUUAGGCUCCUCGAUAGAGAAGCGAUUUUCCUCUCGCUGGUUCGCCGUCUUCAUUGUCUCGCCACUCUCUUUUCUGGCUGUUUGCUCACUGUGGCUGCCGCUGGGAUUUAGCCUGGCAGCGACACACGAAGACAACCCUCUGCCAGUGAUCAUUUUCGGUUCCGGCGCAGCACUCACGGCCUUCCUCUGGCACUUCAAGCGAAAGCCACAGCCAUCCCUGCAGCCAUCACAGCUCUCGACUUCUCGACGCAGGGAUGAUGACAACACUUUCUCAAUUUAG